UCAAAGGUGUGCAUGCGGACGCCAAAGAGUGUUCAAAUCAAACAGAUCUCCGACGCAACGUGGAUGCUUUGAAGUUGAUCUGCGGAAUUACUAAUAUCGUUUCAGAAUUUGGAAACUGUGGUGCUGUAAUGGAACAGUCUUCUGAUCACUCAGCCCAAGCUGCAGGUCCAUCAAAUAUUCCAUUGUGGAAGAGGGGUCACAAGGUUGGGACUCAUGGAUGGGGUAUUCCGUCUGGAACAAAUGCAUGUCAAACAUCAAAUGAUGCUAGCCUUUUCACGAGCUCUUUGCCUGUUCUUCCUCAUGCAAAGUUGACUUUUGGGGAUUCAGGCAAUGGUGUUUGUUGUAAUGGGGACACCUCAUUUGCACCAGAGGAUCUUUGUAAUGAUAUGGAGACUAAGGCAUCUUCAAAAGAUGAUUUUGACCUCAACAGUGUUGAGUUAUUGCUACCUGAUGAUGAUGAGCUCUUUGCUGGUAUAAUCGAUGGUCAUGGUAUCGACAUUACUGGCUCACCUAGCCCACCGAAUGAAGCAGAAGAGGAUGAUGUUUUUGGUAGCGGGGGAGGUUUGGAAUUAGAUUCUGAUCCUAUUGAUAGUCUCUCAGCUGGUCUGGCAAAUGCAAGUAUUAGUAAUGGCCAUGUUGGGAAUGGAGUGGGUCACUAUGGCAUUCCAAACGGGGUUGGAACUGUGGCUGGUGAGCAUCCAUAUGGAGAACAUCCUUCCAGAACAUUGUUUGUGCGGAACUUGACUAGUAGUGUUGAAGAUUCAGAAUUGCGAUCUCUAUUUGGGCAUUAUGGUGAUAUACGUGCUAUCUACACUGGGAGCAAACAAAGGGGAUUUGUGAUGAUUUCGUACUAUGACAUUCGAGAUGCUAGAAAAGCAAUGCGGGCAUUACAAAAUAAACCUUUACGACGAAAAAAACUUGAUAUUCAUUUUUCGAUUCCCAAGGAGAACCCAUCUGAAAAGGACAUGAACCAGGGAACUCUUGUAGUUUUUAAUUUGGAUUCUUCAGUUUCUAAUGAUCUCCUUCUCCGGAUAUUUGGCGCCUGUGGUGAAGUGAAGGAGAUAAGGGAGACACCACAUAAACACUACCACAAGUUUAUUGAAUAUUAUGAUGUAAGAGCAGCAGAAGCAGCUCUUCGUUCACUGAACAACUGUGAGAUUGCUGGCAAGCGUAUAAAGCUGCAACCUAGCCGUCCUGGUGGAACUCGUCGAAGCUUGAUGCAGAACUUGAGCCAGGACCUGGAACAAGAUGACAUGCGAAAUUUCAGGCAUCAGAUUGGUUCACCUAUAGCGAGUUCUCCUCCUGGUGCAUGGCCACAAUUGGUGAGUUUAAAUGAUAAUCAUCAAUUUCAAACCUUAAGCAAGUCACCAACUGCUGGAACCAUUGGUCUUGUGGGUAAUAAUUAUUUGUCAGGAUUAACUUCUGUAUUUCCUUCCAUGGGUUCAAACUCUCUGAAGAUUGCACCCAUUGGGAAAGAUCAAACUAGAAUUAAUCAUGCUGACCAGGUAUAUUCUACUAGCAACCCAUCACAUGGAGUUGCAUUUCAGCAUCCUAUUCCUGUUCCAGAUUCUGGUAGGGAAGGGACAGCCCAUUUGAACUCAAGUUCUGGAACUGUAUCUUCGCUUGGUCUCUCAAAUUCUGGUGGAUCUAGCAUCGGGACACUAAAUGGACCUCAAUUUCUUUGGGGAAGCCCUAUUUCUCCUUACACAGAAAAUUCUCAAUCUUCUGCCUGGUCAUCACCAUCUGCAGGACAUUCACUCACAUCCAAUGGCCUGGUGCAGGGACAGCGCUUUUGUUAUCCAAAUCAUGGAUCUUUUCUCCCUUUAUCAAACCAUGACCACCACGAGCAUGUCGGUUCCGCCCCGUCUGGUGUUCCUUUUGAGAGGCACUAUGAUUUCUUCCCUGAGUCAACGGAAACAUCUUUCAUGAGCCAGCUUUCUCGAGGAAGUUUGGGUAUCAAUGGUCAAAAUGAUGGAAAUUCAAUCAACAUUGGUGUUUCAGCUCCUAUGAAUCCUGGUGCUGGUUCAAAGAGAAACGUAUCUGAGAACUGUUCUCCCACUUAUUGGAUGAUGUCCUCACAGAGAGAUGGGAAUUCAUUCUUUGGAAAUGCACCAUAUCCAGGGUCAAACAUGGCUGAACGAUUUAUUGAGCAUGGACGGAGUCGGCGAGCUAACGUCAGUAGCAGUCAACUGGACAUAAACCAACAGUAUCAUCUAGACUUGGAGAAAAUUAAAAGCGGGGAAGAUACCAGGACAACAUUAAUGAUAAAAAAUAUUCCAAAUAAGUACACCUCAAAGAUGCUAUUGUCUGCAAUCAAUGAGAAGCACAAGGGUGCUUAUGAUUUUCUCUACCUGCCAAUUGAUUUUAAGAAUAAGUGCAACGUAGGCUAUGCAUUUGUAAACAUGUUGUCUCCUUCGCAUGUCAUUCCCUUUCAUCAGACAUUUAAUGGGAAAAAAUGGGAGAAAUUUAACAGCGAGAAAGUUGCGACACUGGCUUAUGCACGAAUUCAGGGCAAACCGGCACUUAUUGCACAUUUCCAAAAUUCAAGCUUGAUGAAUGAAGACAAAAAGUGUCGUCCUAUUCUUCUCAAUUGCGAGGGAUCAGAGGUUUCUGAUCAGGAACCCUUUCCAUCAGAUGGUAUACAUAUUUAUUCACCAAAAAGCCUAAACAGCUACUCGACCAUCGAUGAUCAAAGCUUAGAAGGACAUCGAUAGAUUGCUUUGAAGCACAGCUGUAAAUACUAACUGGCUAGUAUAUGAUCGUAACUGUGAAUGAGAAGCUGAGCUCGAACCCAUUAACAAUUUUGUUAUGCAAGUUCAUGUCUUGCUGUUUAUAUUCAACCCUCCACUGAUUAUUGUUUUGGAUUUGGGUCUAUUGUACAGAUGGUACUUUUAAUCUCUGACCAAUUCGUUC